AUGAACAAAAUUUCAAAGGAAGCUUUUGAAUAUUUGAAUAAGGUUCGUAAAGAUCCAAAGAUAGCAAUUCCUAAGUUAUAAGAACUUUUAUAGUAUUUUAAAGGGAAAACUCUUUAUAAACCAGGAGAAAUUGCAAUUAUAACAAAUGAAGGUGAUUCAGCUGUUAAUGGUAAAUAUAUAAUGAAUAUAAAUAUAUAUUAAGAAUGUAUAGAAUUUCUAAAUAAUCAGAAAUCUAUAGGUGAAUUAAAAUGGAGUAAAGGUUUAGAAUCUGCAGCAAGAGAUCAUGUUAAAGAUAUAGGAUCUAAAGGUUUAAUAGGUCAUAAUGGUUCUGAUGGAUCAUCUAUGAGUGAUAGAAUUGAAAGAUAUGGUGAAUGGGAAAUGACAGUAAGUGAAAAUAUUAUAUUUGGUUAAAAUACAGGAGAAGAUGGUAUAUAUUAUUAAUUUAAAUAUUAUAGUAAUAAUAUAAUCAAUUAUUGAUGAUGGUGUUUCAUCAAGAUUACGAAGAAAAAACUUAUUUAAAUCUGAAUUUGGUUUUGUAGGAAUUUAUGAUGGUUAACAUAAAAUUAAUAAAAGUGUUUGUAUCUUUGUUUUUGCAGCUACAUAUUUAGAUAAAAAUGGAAUGAAUGAUUUUUAAACAUAAAAAUAAAAAUAAAAUGAUUCUAAUAUUUAAUCUAAAUAAUAGGAUUCUUUUAAAAACUAAUAAUAAUAAGAUUCAGUGACAAAUAUUGCUAUAGAAGCAUUUGAAUAUUUGAAUUAAAUUAGAUAAGAUCCUAAAAUAGCCAUUCCAAAAAUAAAAGAAUUAAUUACUUAUUUUAAAGGUUUAGUUUGUUAUAAACCUGGUGAAAUACCAGUAUUAACAAAAGAAGGUCCUAAAGUUUUAGAAGGUAUUAUUAUUAAUUAUUUUUUAGAAUUAAUUUAAUAUUUAGAACAGUAAAAACCAUUAUCACUUUUAAAAUUUGAAAGAGGUUUAGAAUAAGCUUGUAUUGAUCAUAUUAAUGAUAUCGGACCAAAAGGUAUUUGUGAUCAUCUUAGUUCUAAUGGAUAAACAUUUAUUAAUAGAAUUUAAUAAUAUGGAGAAUGUAAUGGUAUUUCAGCAGAAAAUAUUAGUUUUGGUUAAAAAACAGGAUAAGAUGUUAUUUUAUAAUUAUUAAUUGAUGAUGGAGAAUCUUAAAGAAAACAACGUUAGGAUUGUUUUAAAUCUUAAUUUAAUAGUGUUGGAAUUGCAACUGGUAAUCAUUCAUAAUAUGGAACACUCUGUGUACUUGCAUUUGUGUAAGAAUUUAAACCUAAAGGUGUUUUAAAAUAAUAAGAAAUUUCAGAAAAACUUGGACCUGCUGAAGAAAAUCAAAGUAUUUAUUCUUCUACAAUUAGAUAAUAAUCCAUAUAUCAAAUACCCUAGACCUGAAUUAAAAAAAACACAAACCUUUAAAAAAUAUACUAUUUAAAAUGGAUAAUUUAUAAUAAGGAUUACAAAAAUUUAUGAGUUUUAAGAUGGUUCAAUCAAUACUGCAAUAUAAACAGUAACAGAUAAUUGA